AUGGUCCUACUUUUGAGUUUUUUCUUCACUCUCACAGGAGGUGAUGCUGCCAAGAAUCAUGGAAUUGAGCAACUUAUCCAGGAAUUUAGAAAAGAACCCCCACCGGAGUCUAUAUGGAUGAUACACGAGGCUGGACAUAUCCUUGAUGAAACAUGGGAACCUCCUCUCCAAGAUAAUGGUAACGUUGUGCUUCAACUUACAUGA